GAUGCAACAGAGAGCAAGAGGGACAGAGGAAGCAGCUGCUGCUGGUAUAAAAUUAUAAAAAAAAAGAAAACGUUGGAACGGAGGACAUCCAACAGGAAAAUGACUAAAUCUUAGCGACCGUGUUCUACCCAGAUCUGCGAUUUCAUAAUUGAGGUUGAUUUUUAGGAGACACAAGGUGGGAGUGGACCUAAGCUGUCACUGAGGAGGUCUUGGGAUCCUGGGUCCUUCCAGAUGAUAUGAGAGCAGGGCAAUGAAAGCUGUCCAUACGUUUGCCCAGUCUGGGCUUGGCACAGACCUUCGGUCAUCCCUUAUACCCAUGGCCAGAGCACAAUGUAUGUCUUAAUACAUCUUGCUAGGAGGCAGUGAGCAGCUCAAGAAUGAAUAACACCGAAGUGUUUGUGACGGACGGUGAUGCCGGGUUCUUCACUGGGCGAGGGCAGAAGACUCGAUGUCUCUCUGCUAUAGAGCCUCGCGUGCCCAGUGAGACGGACCUGCAGGAUGAGGAGAUGGAUAGGUUUCUGGGGGUGCCGCUGCGCAGGUCAUGCCGCCUCCGAUCUUCCAUGCAUGACAAGGAUGCGUUUCGCAGGCACAGCUGGGAACCUGGGAAGAGGCUUCAGGAGGCUGAAGCGGACUAUGAGCAGCUCAGUGUGAGUUUGAAGGGUCUGGAUCCAGAGGAGAUAGAAGGGAACAUGGGGUACAAGAGAGACCCCCGUCGGACACCCAUUAUUCGCAGCACAGAUGAGCUGGAGUCCUUGCUGUCUCUUCGAGGAGAGGAUGUAGAGGUCACUCAAGAGGAACAUGCCAAGAGACUGCAGGCAUAUCUGGCGUCCCAGGCCUACAUUUACAAUAAUCUCUCCAAAUCCGUUUCCAUGACGGGCAUAGAUCACACCUACUGCUACAAUGAUGAUGUGUCACUGUAUUCUAAUGGGAGACGACAUGCAAACAGAUUGUGCACAUUAAGCUGUGGAGAUAUUCAUGACCUGGAGACGGACGAGAAAGAAAACCGAGACAAGGAGGAAUCUCCGCUGGGGAGGACCCUGAGUUUCAUUAAAAAAAUGGCCGGGAGCAAGAGUAAGAAUAAAGAAAAAGAGAAGAUGAAGGACCGUGAGAAAGAAUCGAAGGAUAAGGACACCAGAUACACCAAUGGGCAUCUUUUUACCACCAUCACCGUGUCUGGUACAACCAUGUGCUUUGUGUGCAACAAGAGUAUCACUGCCAAGGAGGCUCUCAUCUGCCCCACGUGUAGUGUUACGAUACACAACAGAUGUAAAGAUUCAUUGCCCAGCUGCACCAAGGUGAAACAAAAGCAACAGAAAGCAGCUUCUUUAAAGAAUAAUUCUGCACUCCAGAAUGUGUCCCUGCGCAAUAAAACUACUACAUUGCGAGAGCGCCCCAGUUCUGCCAUCUACCCUUCGGACAGCCUGCGCCACUCAAUUCUUGGGUCCCGCAGGGGGCGGACAUCUUUAUCUCUGUCCAAGAGUGUUUCUACCACCAAUAUCUCGGGGAAUCUGAAUGAUGAAAGCCCAUUGGGAAUCCGCAGGAUCCUGUCUCAGUCCACAGACUCACUGAACAUGCGCAACCGAACACUAUCUGUGGAAUCUCUGAUCGAUGAAGGAGCCGAGGUUAUGUACAAUCAGCUGAUGAGCGAUUUUGCGACCGAUGAGAAAGAGUUUGAGGCAGAUUCCUGGAGUCUCGCCGUGGAUAAUAACUACCUACAGCAGCACAAGAAGGAUGUGAUGAAACGACAGGACGUGAUAUACGAGUUGAUUCAGACCGAGGUCCAUCAUGUGCGCACUCUAAAAAUAAUGACGAACAUGUUCCGGAAAGGGAUGCUAGAGGACCUGCAGAUGGACCAAGCACUGGUCCAUAAGAUGUUUCCAUGCGUGGACGAGCUCAGCGAUAUUCAUGCGCGCUUCCUCAUCCGACUUCUGGAGAGACGUAAGGACUCACUGGCGUCUGAUAGCAACACAAACUUUGUCAUCAACAAGCUGGGGGACAUCCUCAUUAAUCAGUUUUCCGGCACCAACGCAGAGCAUAUGAAGAAAGCCUAUACAGAGUUCUGCAGCCAACACCAGAAGGCUGUUAAACUCUACAAGGAGCUCUUCUCCAGAGACAAGAAGUUCCAGCAGUGGAUCAGGAAAAUGACGCGUUCUCCACUGCUGCGCAGACACGGGGUGCAGGAAUGUAUACUGCUGGUCACUCAGAGAAUUACCAAGUACCCAGUCCUCAUCGAUCGGAUACUGCAUAACUCUAAAGGGGAUGAAGAGGAGUACCAGGACAUGGCUGCUUCCCUGACCCUGAUCAAGGAAUUAAUCACUUCCAUUGAUCAGGAGGUGGACAACUAUGAGAAGAAUUUGCGCCUGCAGGAGAUCUAUCACCGUGUGGACAGCAGGUCCGCAGUGCAAGUGAUGGGAAACUACUGCUUCGGCAAAGAGGAACUGCUCCGGCGGAAGCUGAUUCAUGAGGGCACUCUUCUAUGGAAAACGUCAGCUGGGCGCUUCAAAGAUGUAAUAAUGCUGCUAAUGACGGACGUCUUAAUUUUACUGCAAGAAAAGGACCAAAAAUAUUACUUCCCAACUCUGGAUAAGUCCCCUGUGAUCUCUCUGCCAAACCUGAUUGUUCGAGACAUUGCUAACCAAGAGAAGGGCAUGUUCCUGAUCAUUGCCAAGCCUCCUGAAAUGUAUGAGGUGCACGCUGCUUCCCGCGAAGAGAGGAACACCUGGAUGAAAAUAAUAGAACAGUCUGUCAAAGUGUGCCCAAAACGAGAGGAUUUCCAAUUAAUUGAGACUGAAGUUGAAGCUAAAUUGAGGAAACUAAAAGAGGUGAUCCAGCAGAAGGACAGAGAGGUGGUAGAUAUUCUGGAAGAGAAGGUGGCACUGUUUAACAAAGUGCUGCAGUUACAGGCCGGUGAGGACUCUCCUGCUAUUUGCGUGAACUCUCGUAGCCUCUUCAGGACAGACUCAACAGACAGUCACCGUGGGGAGAAGCUAGUCAAUGAGGCCAUCAAAGAAGUGGAAGCCCUAAAGGAUGUGGUGCUCGGGGCAGGAUCAGAGCAGUCACUUCUUAAAAAUGACCUAAACCAUACCUCAAAUUCGUCCAGUGCCUCAGACACGAAUGGUGAAACAGGAAGUCUCAAUGGGUCCCUGGAGACCACCAAGGAUGAGGACUCCAAUCAGAAGGAUCGGAAUGGGAAUCAGCUACAACAGAAAAGCCCACAAGAGGAUGCUGUGCAGAGGAUUGCGAACAUUUACAGCUUGUUACAUGGGCUUCAGGCCUUGGUCACACAACAGGAGACAAUGGUAGAUGUCCACACCCAGGAGGGCAGUGACAAGAAGGAUCGUCUGUGCCGCACCAACUCUCGUGAUAUAUCUAUGGUGGAGCCCCUCUCCAAGAGCUUGGAUAAGCAAGGUACAGAGCUCACCCUGCUUCAGCGCCAACAUACGCUUUUGCAGGAGGAACUGCGCAGGUGCAAGAGGCAGUGUGAGGAGAGGGUCCAGGAGGCAGGAAUGCUUGAAGCCAGGCUCAGAGAGACUGAACAGACCAGAAGUGUGCUUGAGCGGGAGCUGGACGAAGUAAAGAGACAUGUGAGCAUGCUGCAGAAGGAGAGGAGCAAUGGAGGCGCAGAGCUUGCCAGGAUCCACAGAGGAGUAGACCCAAGGAGGCGGAGUUUACCCGCUGGAGAUGCCUUGUAUCAGACCUUCACUCCACCUCAGCUGCCCCCAGACAGACGGACACAUGAUACCACAGAUGGGCUAGUUCCGCGUCUCACCUUCCAGGAAGAUCUAGACCUUAAAGAUGACUUAAGUGACCUGACAGAAUUGGAGAGGCUGCCAGAGACGGUGGACACAGAGUCCUCAGAAGAAGAGGGGGGAGGUCCUCCAGUCUCACCUUCCAGUGCACGAGAGUUCCAGAGAAUGCAGGACAUUCCAGAAGAAGCAGAAAGCGUUCAUGACGUGAGAGAUGCACAGCAAGGAUCUUCUGAGAGCUAAACAUCACGGGGCAGCAAAUAAGACUCCGCUCCCCCUAUGGCCAGGAAGUGGAAACACUGCUCUACCGAGAACCCCCGGGACGCAGUUAGAAUGAAUGACUGGACUGUCAGGAGGAGGAGAACCUGGGACAUUAACAGUGUAACAUGUUCUCAUACCAUGAAACAGACCAAUGAGUGAAUCCAGAGAUGGCUGCGUAUGACUGUUAAACGUAAACACACAGCACACACAUAGCAUACACUGGUAGGUCUGUUGGCGCAGGGGACGGUGUCAAAAUAUCCGGGCUUAUACCAAAGUUUGACAGCCGGAGAGAUUUAACCUUCCUCAGAAGCACUACUUUAGAAAUGAUCCAAGAUAUGGUUGCACAAAGACCAAUCUCCAAUACUGCACAAAAAUGCAUCUUCUACUAAUACAUGAAUUAAACAUUCUCACCGGGUUUGGACCUCAGCCUGACGCAUUUAAAGCCGCGCCAUACAUUUCAUUAAGACGGGUGUCCCUGCUGCUCUAGUCCUACUCAAGUGACUUUAUUUUUCCCUUCUUAUUUAUUUACUAUUUUUAAGCAGAAGCCAUUUUAAGUUAUUUUUUUUUAAUUGUUUUGUUUUUGUAACCGUACAGGUGAGAGAAGAUUUGAUCAAUCUCACAGCCCAACAGAAUAACUUGACAUUGUAAUAUCAAUCAGACAGGAAGCUUCACUAUUAAACUGCCUUGGGUAGAUGGCAAAAAAAUGGACAUUAAAUGGGUGCGUCUAUUCUAUAAAGACUGCAUUAGGAGAGCUUGGUAACACAAAAUAAUGUAAAAAACUAGGUAAGAUCUUAAAAUAUAGCAGUGCAUCUUUCCCUAAUGCUACAUUGAUAGAAUAGACCCAAUGCCCAUCUACCACUCUCUGUAUAGCCAUAGUGAUCUCUGCAAACUGCAUGGCAAUUCAUUUGGGUUUCAUUUUUAUUAGUGCAUGUAAAUGUAAUAUCCCCCAUCUCGUGCAUUACUUACCUGUUAUCGGUUCCCUGUCACCCCCACUAUGCACUCCCAGGUUAACAGAGAUCUUUGUGGAAAACGUAUUUUUAAAUGCCUUCCAGGUCUCUGCUUUGACAUUGAAUUUCGAUAACUGUAAAGUAAAGAUGUAGAAACAUUUCAAAAACUGGACACAAUCAGAAGCAUCUCUCCAAGUUUAUACACAUAGCGAUAUUCUAGUUUUUCUAAUGAAACCAGCAAAUUUUGAAAAUUAGAGAUGUAGAAUACAACAUUCCAUUUUAGUUGCAGUGGUUGAUAAUACGGUAGAUUUUAGUACCCCCUUGCACACAAUUCUCAGUAUGCUCAGACAGCCAGCAACCUUGUGAAACCUCAGCUUAACCCCUUAAGGACAUAUGACAUGUGUGACAUGUCAUGAUUCCCUUUUAUUCCAGAAGUUUGGCCCUUAAGGGGUUAAGAGAGCUCCAAGUUUUAUUAAAGAGUCAAUCACUUUUAUUGCUAACCCAGAAUCCCUAGCGACAGUAGCCAUGCUUCUUGGGGAUAACAUUUUGCGGAUUAGUUUGAGAUCUGUAUUUGUGAUUGAUCACACUUUACUACUCUUUACACAGCUCUGAUGUAUUGUGAUUCUUACAAUCCUCCGUUAAAACCCGCUGCCAUGCCAUCACGGAUACAGACAGGGUUAUUCACUGAGACUUCAAUGUGAAUUUCACGCUUUCUCUGAAAAGGCAGUGUUUACGCUGUUAUAACCCCUUGAUUUUAUUAAUCAGAGGAAAAAAAAAACACACUGCAAUGCUGCUCUACACUAACCGAAUACAUGCUCUUCCUCUAAUCUUCAAUUGUAUUUAUGUUUUGUACGACUUGAUCUUCUGUAAAUAGUUGCUGUUUUUUUCUGUCUGAUAAAAAGUGCUUUUUGUUUCAUUUUUAAUGAACACGCUUCUUUUGUAUGCUGCAAUAUACACGAUUGUGUUUUGUUUUUUUUUAAAUGUCAAUGAUUUAUUAAACCUGAAAUCCUUUGUGGGGAAAGUAUAGCUCUAUAUAUAUAUUGAUCCCCAGAGAUAUUGCUUCCUGGCACGGACAUGAGUAGAUAUUUUUACUGGGUGCUAAAUUUUAAAUAGCAGAUGUUAAGUCAUAGAUGCGUGGGGUAUAUAUUGGCUAAGUAGUAUUUUACAGUGUGACUUUUCUUUCAAUUUCAAAUUAAGUGAACAAGGGGGUUAAAGUGCACUUGUCACCCCAAUAUAAUAUACAUAAACUAUGUUUUAACUCUACAGGUUAAUUAUUCAUACUCGUAGCCAACUGUGGCACAUGUGCAGAUGCUUGGGAAUCUGCUCAUAAGCAAUAGUAGUGUCAAACUCAGCGAUUGCUCUUUGAUGUGGAGGCAUUUUCACCCACAAUGCCUUGCAUAGGGGGCUAUAUUUGUAGCGAUCCUAAGGUUAUUUACUUUAUUCUAUACAUAUAAUAGAGAUUUAGCAAAGAAAAUCUUAACCUAGCCAUCUACACUAAAUGGACAGUAAAAUAUAGAUGGCUUUUAUAUAUGAAAUAAGGUUAAAGACCACACGUUUGCGUAAAAGACAGCAGCAAUUGAAAUUACGGCCUGUGAUCAGAAAGAUGAGAAAAUUAAAAGAGUUGCCUGCUUCAUAUUAUAAAAAGUAGACUUACUGGGCAAGUCAAAGUUACAGAGCUAUAAUUGUACUGAACUUUCUUAAAUAUAUGCCUUUUAUAGCCUCUUCACAACACCAUGUGUGACCGUAUACAAAUUAUGAUGACCAGACAAUCUAUUUGCAUUCUGGUUGUGCAAAUCUCAAAGGAGGAGGAAAGACAACAUAAUGCCAAUAUUUUAGACACACACUGUAAUCACUGUUUAGUUAAUAGACACCGUUCAUCUCCUCACCGCUGCUGAGUAGUGGCGGUUUGUGAAUUUAAAAGCAGAGAUUAAGAGGUGUAUGUGUGUAUAUGUAUAUAUAAAUACAUCGUUUGUAAAUAGCUGAGAAUGUAUGAAACUCGAUGAAUGUUUUGCUUUUUUUUUUUGUUCUGGAACAAGAUUAAAAAAAAAUUAAAAAAUAAUACAAUCUUAUUUUUGCUUGCUGGUCAAUAAAAUGUAUUCAUACUGAAA